UCUAAAACCAAAGUACUACUCAUAGCCAUUAGAUGGCUGGAAAGUUUAAGGAAAUUGGCAUUGGUUUUGUAUCAGCAAAGAAAAUGACAAAUUGACGUUUGUCAAACACGUCGAAUGCAAAAUAUCCGAAAUUCCAGAAAACAAACUAGUUUACGUGGCUAGAAUUCAAAUAUCUUUAUUUUUAUUAUCCUUAUUGCCGUAUAUGACAAUAACAUAGAAGAAUUAAGGGUAGGCCCCCAACUAUGUUAACAAAAUUCGAGACAAAAUCCGCAAGGGUAAAAGGGCUGUCUUUCCACCCGAAAAGGCCCUGGAUCUUGGUGAGCCUUCACAACGGAUGUAUCCAGCUAUGGGACUACCGUAUGUGCACCCUGCUUGAGAAAUUUGAUGAACACGAUGGACCUGUGAGAGGUAUCUGUUUCCACAACCAACAACCUUUAUUCGUUUCGGGAGGUGAUGAUUAUAAAAUUAAGGUGUGGAACUACAAGCAAAAAAGAUGUAUUUUCACACUACUUGGACACUUGGACUACAUCCGAACAACAAUGUUCCACCAUGAAUAUCCAUGGAUAGUAUCAGCAUCUGAUGACCAGACUAUCAGAAUUUGGAACUGGCAAAGUCGUACUUGCAUCUGUGUCCUCACUGGACACAAUCACUAUGUGAUGUGUGCUCAGUUCCAUCCCAGUGAGGAUUUGCUGGUUUCUGCUUCACUAGAUUCCACAGUUAGAGUCUGGGAUAUUUCUGGGUUGAGGAAGAAAAAUGUUGCUCCUGGACCUGCUGGUUUAGAGGACCAUUUGAAGAACCCAGGCAGCACAGACCUGUUUGGGCAGGCAGAUGCUGUGGUGAAGCAUGUGUUAGAAGGCCAUGAUAGGGGUGUCAACUGGGCGGCUUUUCACCCCACUUUACCUCUUAUUGUCUCAGGGGCUGAUGACAGACAGGUGAAACUAUGGCGUAUGAAUGAUUCUAAAGCCUGGGAAGUAGACACUUGUCGCGGCCAUUACAACAAUGUUUCUUGUGUGCUGUUCCAUCCUAGACAGGAGUUGAUUCUAUCCAAUGGUGAAGAUAAAAGUAUCAGAGUGUGGGAUAUGACCAAGAGGACUUGCUUACACACAUUUAGGAGGGAGCACGAUCGUUUCUGGAUUAUGACCUCCCACCCCACCCUAAACCUCUUCGCCGCUGGCCACGACGGAGGCAUGGUCAUUUUCAAGCUAGAGCGUGAACGUCCCGCAUACACCGUCCAUGGCAACUUACUGUACUACGUCAAGGAGCGCCAUCUGCGGAAGCUGGACUUCAAUACGUCCAAGGACGUAUCUGUGAUUCAGAUUCGAGGUGGCGGGAAGAUACCCAUCUACAGGAUGUCAUUUAAUCCGGCCGAGAAUGCUGUCAUCCUGUGCACCAGAACGUCGAAUUUGGAUAAUAGCACGUACGAUUUGUAUGUAAUUCCCAAGGAACAGGGAGACGAUCAUGUUCCAGAGGCAGAAAGCAAGAGAUCUCCAGGAUUAGCAGCACUUUGGGUAGCGAGAAAUAGAUUUGCUGUAUUGGACAGAGGUCAUCAACUGAUCAUAAAGAAUUUGAAGAACGAGGUGACCAAAAAGGUUCAAACGCCUAGCUGUGAUGAGAUUUUCUAUGCUGGAACAGGCAUGCUGCUGUUACGUGACGCCGAUAACGUAACUCUUUUUGAUGUACAACAAAAACGGACUUUGGCCCAGGUGAAAAUCAGCAAAUGCCGGUACGUGGUGUGGUCUUCUGACAUGUCGCAUCUAGCUCUUUUGUCCAAACACAACGUCACCAUUUGCAACAGGAAAUUGGACGUACUGUGUACUCUUCAUGAAAAUACGAGGGUCAAAUCAGGCGCUUGGGAUGAUUCUGGGGUUUUCAUAUACACCACUAGCAACCAUAUCAAGUACACUCUGACCAAUGGUGACCACGGUAUUAUUCGUACUCUUGACCUGCCCAUCUACAUUACAAGAGUGAAGGGAAGUCAAGUAUUUUGCUUAGAUAGAGAGUGCAAACCCAGGAUUUUGACGGUCGAUCCGACAGAGUAUAAGUUCAAAUUGGCUUUGAUCAACCACAAGUAUGAAGAAGUUCUGUACAUGGUCCGAAACUCCAGGUUGGUUGGGCAAUCGAUAAUUUCAUAUCUCCAGCAAAAAGGCUACCCUGAAGUCGCGCUACAUUUCGUUAAAGACGAUAAAACGAGGUUCACUUUGGCUCUUGAAUGUGGUAAUAUAGAAAUUGCGCUUGAAGCUGCCAAGGCUUUGAACGAUAACGCAUGUUGGGAUCAACUAGCACAAACUGCAUUGUGGCAAGGCAAUCAUCAGGUCGUAGAAAUGUGUUAUCAGCGUACGAAGAGCUUCGAAAAACUGUCGUUUUUGUAUCUUAUCACUGGAAAUCUAGAUAAACUGAGGAAAAUGAUGAAGAUCGCAGAAAUCAGAAAAGCUAGAUCUUCUCAGUAUCAUAGUGCUCUUUUGUUAGGAGACUUGGAAGAACGAGUGAAGGUUCUUAAAGCAUCUAAGCAAAUGUCUCUUGCGUAUUUAACAGGUAUGCACCCCAAUCCUAGAUUUUUUCAAUUCUACAAUUGACGCUUCCAGAACGGUAAUAAAUAUACAGAUUGUAUUUUUUUGUGUAUCCUUAUUUCCAGAUUAAUGUACCACUACUGAUAUUCAACAACUUCAAUGUUCUGUAUAUUAAUAUAUGUAUACACUAUAUAGUGAAUCACUGCUUAUAAUAUUGUUUCUUCCUUUCAAGUCUCUAAUCAGCUCUUCUUUUUCGAAUUCCUCACUGAAGCCUACAAGUUUAAUCAUUAGUAACUUCCUAAAUAAAUUCUAAAUAGAUUUUCAACAAACAAACAAAAAUCUAAUGGUGACCUCGAACAUGACCUUAACUAUGACCUUCAAGCUCAUUUGAAUACCAGACUAUGAUCUUCAAGGUAAUUUGAAGACCAAAGGAAUUUUUAACGCAAAGCAUCUCUAUUUAUUUCCUGAAAUACAAAUUGCGGGCAAGUUUAAGUCAAUUCUCCGAAACCAAUCUCCUUCACACCAAUGUGAAACGAAUGGCGUAUACCGUAUACUAUACACUACUUUCACGCAAGCGGAUCCGCGGGUUAGUCUAUUUUGAUAAUAAAUAUGAUUUUUAAAAUAGCAUGUCAUAAUGAAUCACCCAUUAUUGAUGUCAGGGGUUACCUUUCGACCUCACCGUUUUUUUUUUUUUAGCCGUGACCCAUGGUAUGACCGAAACAGCAGAGCAAAUCAAAGAAGCCUGUGGCGGCGACAAACAACUGCCCGAGGCAGAUCCAAACGCCAAGUUCCUGAAACCGCCACCGCCAGUCCAACAGGCAGAAUCGAAUUGGCCUUUGUUGACGGUUAGUCGAAGCUUCUUCGAGAACACUGCACUCACUAGCGCAGCGUCAACGAAUAUGAAGUCGUUGAUGGUGGAACCCAGUGCGGAGCAGGCCAUGGAAGAGGCCACAGGGUGGGGUGACGAUGAGGAGAUUGACGUUGAGGGUGAAGAAAAACGAGUUCCUGACGCCGCAGCAGCUGGUGACGGAGAAGCAGGCUGGGACGUGGAAGAUGCAGACUUGGAAAUUCCAGACUUGGGACCAAGCCAACCUUCAGAAUCUAAUGAUAGUUAUAUUCAUCUAGCGCCUCCAGGACCUUCUCCUACACUUAACUGGACUAAACUGUCACAGUUGCCUGUAGAUCAUGUUGCUGCUGGAUCCUUUGAAUCUGCGGCUAGGUUAUUGCAUACUCAGGUGGGAGUAGCAAAUUUUUCACCAUAUGAACAAUUGUUUUCGGAAGUAUUUGGAGCUUCAAAAACGGUAUACACUCGACAGCAUAAUGUACCUACAGCAUUCGCUUAUCCUAGCAGACCGCUCAAAGAUAAUAAGGGAGCCUUACCAGUUGUUGCUGUCAAACUGAAUGAUCUUGUGCAGAAACUACAGGUGUGCUACCAGUUAACAACGGGUGGUAAAUUCUCGGAAGCCAUCGAAAAAUUCCAGAACCUCCUUCUCUCCGUAACUUUAUUAGUUGUCGACACCAAACAAGAGAUCUCCGAAGCUCAACAGCUGCUGAAAAUCUGCGGCGAGUACAUCUGCGGCCUUCAAAUGGAAACUCUUAGGAAAAAUCUGCCGAAAAACACUCAAGAAGAGCAAAUACGUCAGUGUGAAAUGGCUGCUUACUUCACGCACUGCAAAUUGCAGCCUAUCCAUCAGAUCCUCACAUUGAGAACGGCACUGAAUAUGUUUUUCAAACUAAAGAAUUACAAGACUGCAGCGUCUUUCGCCAAGAGAUUGUUGGAGCUAGGACCAAGACCUGAGGUGGCUCAACAAGCAAGGAAGAUUCUCCAAGCAUGCGACUCGAACUUGACAGACGAACUGCAGUUGAACUAUGAUGAACACAACCCGUUUUCGCUAUGCGGUCAUUCCUACACGCCGAUCUACAGGGGAAAACCUGAAGAAAAAUGCCCUCUUUGCAGUACUUCCUAUUUGACAAAGUACAAAGGAAAUCUGUGUAACGUCUGCGGUGUUGCCGAGAUAGGAAGGGAUUGUAUUGGAUUAAGGAUCAGUCUGCAUCAGUUUAGAUAAAUUUCGAAUAUUCAAGAUAAUUCGUGAUAUAUGAUACCGAUUUACUUGGGUUCCAAUAUUGAUAGAGUCAACUAAUGAACCUAUGACUGUGUAUUGAAAUAUGCAAGCUGUUAUAAUUUGGGAACAUGUAGGGUAAUCCCAAAAUUCAUAUAAAUCUAUUGUAUGAGAGCCUUAUACAUUAUGCUUAUUCAAAAGACGAUACUAGUUUCAAAAAAGUUAUCUAUUUAAUUUAAAAGUAUGUUAAAUGUACUAUUUCUUUUACGUACUUUAAAUUUAAUUUUGUUUUGAAUCAAAGUG